CAAUCAGCACAGAGAAAAAUCCAAAAAAAUGGGAUCUUCACCGAAGAAGACGACUCUGCAAAAGUACCUGUCAGAGCUUCAACAACAUCCUUUAAGAACAAAGGCCAUUACUGCUGGAGUGUUGUCUGGUCUUAGUGAUGUUGUAUCGCAGAAACUCUCUGGCAUACAGAAGAUUCAGCUGAGAAGGGUUCUUCUCAAAGUGGUAUUUGCGGGUGGUUUUCUCGGACCAGCGGGGCAUUUCUUUCAUACAUAUCUAGAUAAGGUUUUUAAAGGGAAGAAAGACACAAAGACUGUGGCAAAGAAGGUAAUUUUGGAACAACUGACAUUGUCACCAGUGAACCAUUUGCUUUUUAUGAUCUAUUAUGGAGUAGUCAUUGAAAGAGGUCCCUGGAACCUUGUUAGAGAAAGGAUCAAGAAGACUUACCCGACUGUCCAACUUACAGCAUGGACGUUUUUCCCGGUGGUGGGAUGGAUAAACUACAAGUAUGUGCCACUUCACUUUCGGGUCAUCUUGCACAGCGUCGUCGCAUUCUUUUGGGGAAUUUUCCUGACCCUGCGAGCGAGGUCAACAACACUGGCUUUGGCAAAGGCUAAGUGAUUGGUGAAGCAAAUCUAUCAAGAGAAAACUCAAUCCUUGGGCUCAUUAUAAUCUCUUAGUUACUCUGUAAGUUAAGCAAAUCAAACAGCUGAAACCAAAUAAAAAUUUGUAUUAGGAUGAUACCAGUCUAGGAUAACAAUAUGUUUUAAGUUAUUACAACAUUUUCAGAUUUUGUCUAAAACACAUUCACAA